ACAGCUCUAGAAAACAACAAACCAGUUGUCAAUAGCGCGUUCAAAGAAAAGAUCAUGUGAAGCGGUACAAGGCAAGCAUGAGAGAAGAAAUGUAAAUACUGGUGAUAAGAGUACCGCUGAGGUGUCCAUUCACACACAUACAAUGCAUCAAUAAGGACAGACCUACAAGUUUUAACGAGGACAAUGUGACACUACGAUUGCUCCAUGAAAACUUCUGGAGUUUAAAAUGAAGAAUAAAUUUGAUCAAGAAGGGACUAAAGUAUCGACCAAAUUCAAACCCCUUACAAAAGAAAAGGUACUAAGUCCUUUCCAGGUAAAUAGCUGGAUCCUGUUCAGGUAAGAACACAAAUUUCUACAAAUCGUGAAGGCUAUUCUCUGCGACAAAAAAAAACAUAGUUAGAAUAGCUUAGUAAGACAUUUUACAAUAAUUAAUGUAAAUAAGGCAUACUAAGUGUGUACUUUCUGUUUUGUACUUCCGGAACGAAUGCUAAAGCAAGGUCAUUUUGACUAAUGUUGAAGUUUAUGCAGGUUUCUCAUUUAUGUCUGUUUAUUGUAGAUAAUCUCCCAAACUAUCGCCAAUUACUUUUUAAUUUUAAGCACUUAGAUUGUCGUCAACCCCUCCAAAAGUUGAUGACGUCGUCUCGAGGCUUUCUGUAUUCAGCAUAAGUAUUUUUAUUUAAAAGUAGCGGAUAUAUAUAUAUAAUUACAAACACUAAUUGCUACAAGAUCGAGGACGAGCCGUCUGCCGAGGCCACAUUUUUCCGAGAAUAUUCUAAUCCCAACCGACAGAUAUUUAAGGCCUGAUUCUCGAAGAACAAAAGUCAAUAUUUUGGGACGCCCAAGGACAAAGAUAGACACCAAAAUAGAGCUCCAGUAUGCCAGUGUCUCUAUUGGGGUUAGUGAAUCAUAGUAACCUUGCUAUACAUGAUUCAGUAACCCUAGUUCGUGAUAAAUCUUGAUAACUCUUGAUACGGCUUCUGCCAAGUGUUGGCCAGGUUAUGGACAAAACAAUGACUACUUUUUAGCCGCAAUAACGAUAAACUUAUCAGUACCCUAACCAAAACCCCGCUAUUAUAAAUAGAAAUUAGAAAUUAUACAUUAUGUAGCCGAAUAUUAACGGCAAAAAUUGUGCAAGUGCUACUUUCUUACGACUAUAUUAUUACAACAGAAUUGAAAGUAUCUUCAAUAGAAUUCACCCAACAAAAAAUUUUAGCAAUGUGGUGACAAGAGAGACUUUUGCAAGGAUGUUAAUUUAAACAUGGUGACUCAUUCGGGCAAAAUUAAUCCGACUAAAUUGAACCCCGCAUGUCACACUAUUUCCACCCAAGCCACUUCCGCCGAGAGCCCCCCAUUUUAGCAAAAAUUGGCAAAUUUAACUUACGUUUUGACAUUUCACAUUUCGAAGGCCAGAGUUUUGGGAAUUCAUACACUAACGAAAAAUCAAUACAGAGUGUCCGUGGAGAUAACACUUAAUCACUAGGUUUACUCGACGCUAAAUGAACGUACUUUAAUUUACAUUUUAUUUUAAAACAGCACUGGACGUUUUUUCGACAUGAUCACCGUCUGUGGCCCACCUUUGACAUCUGUCGUCUGUCAAAAAACGAACGACGGGUGGAGCCAUCUGCGACACACUCACAAAGCGGGUCUCCCUCAUGGAACGUAUGUCGACAUUGGUUUGUCGUUAUGUAACCAACAAUUAUUUUGGUUUUUUUUGGUAAAUAUAGACACUCAAACGGGCCUAAGUUUGCAAUCUGUCACUAAAGAGUGUUCUAGAUGUCGAAAAAAGCCCGAUUUUCGGGUCACGUUUUUUUUUUAAUGAUCGCAGUGUGGCCAACCUAAAUAUCGAAAAAAAUAUUUCAAAAACGAUCAGUUAUUUUUCAUAACUGGGUCACGUCGGGUUGAAUAUCGCUCUAGUGCGAUAUUGCGGCUUGUCUCGUUAUUAUAUAGACUAAGAUCGGGAUUAUUUUGGCAUCUGCGUGUGCCACAAACCCCAUAAAAUAAACAAUUUAAUUUGCACUAAUUUUGCAAAAAAACGCACAAUUUGUUGCCAAGGUUUGAGCGAUUUUUCGAGCCAAUCCAGUAAAUCUUAAUCCGACUCAAAUCCAACAGGGAAACUUCUUUUUCUUGGUUGGCCAAAAGAAGUAGACAUAUAUUGAUUAAAAUUAAAAGGUAGUUUAUUUUUAUGUCUGAGAUGGUCUUCCUACCUAGUAAUUCUGUCAUCAUUAUUCGAUAAGAUUUCGUAAAAGCAGUGCUUGGGGUGUUUCUAGAAAUGGCAUUAGCCGAUGAUCAACAAUUUUGUCUUAGAUGGAAUAAUUUUCAAGCGAAUAUUACGUCCCAGUUCGAAGCUUUACGUGACGAUGAAGAUUUCACCGACGUUACGAUCGCCUGCGAAGGACAAAGGAUGCAGGCACACAAAGUCGUCCUGUCGGCAUGCAGCCCUUUUUUUAAGGAAUUGUUUAAAGCGAAUCCUUGUUCGCACCCCAUCAUUUUCAUGCGGGACGUGGAAGCUAAACACAUAGUAGCACUAAUGGAAUUCAUGUACGCCGGCGAGGUGAACGUGGCUCAAGCUCACCUGUCGGCGUUCCUCAAAACGGCCGAGUCGCUAAAAAUCCGAGGACUAACUGACACUUCAGCCGAAAGCGAUAAUCACAAAGAGGAAGACACCCUAUAUCUAAAUCCGCAACCAUCGAAACACUUAUCAGCCACCACUAAACACAAACUAAUGAAACCGCAAAUAUCGUCUUCUAGUACUGUAACUUCUAGUCAGGAUGUGUCCACGAACAUUUCUAGUCCACCCCCUAAAAGACAGUGUAAGUCGGAAUCGGAAGUCUCUAGGAUAAGACAAAUCAAGGACGAGUCCAUGAACCUCAACCCGUUCGCGCUCCAAAACGACAACAGAAAUCAAAGCGAGACUAACAAGAACUUAGUGCAGCCUAAAAUGGAGCUUCCGGAUUAUUUAAGCGAUGACGACGGUCGCGACGACAACAUUUCCAAUUUUUACCCGCCGGGUGACGUCACGGAGCUGCCAGGAGGCAUGGAGAUCAUCCCCCAGGUGACUAACUUCACGGUGAAAGACGGCAACCACGACGCCGCUUCUCAAGGGUCUUUAAAACUUCGCAGACGACGGUCUCCCGACCACUGGCUUCCCUUCGAAUUGCACCCUCAAGACGACUCCCCGGGAGACUCUUCCGACCUUACAAUGAGAAUGAGAGACAAAGGAGAAAGGAGAAAUAGACUGAUAAAACUAGGCGAAGGAAUCGAAAUAUACGAGGAUCAGCUAAGAAGCGUGAAAUGGAACGACUACCGAAAACUGACUCGAGGUCUUGCCACAAUAUUAUUUAGUCCCGCGGAGUUGGCUACUUGUUCGGUGACUGGGCAACGAUGGAGUCGCGCUGGAAGUGGCGAAAGACCCGUGAAACCGGCGUUAGAUAGGUCUAAAGUCCAAGCGAUCAUUUCUUACGUGGCCACGAGAUUUCCGAUGGUCGAAAUUAGCCGAAUCAAGCAAGUACUGGCUUAUAAAUGUAAAGAAAAUUCCACCGCUUUUAAAAUGAAGGCGGUCCGCUACUAUGAAGAUCAGCAUUCGAAGUGAACGCUUAUUAUAGUUCACGUUUUAUAGACUAGAACGAUGUGUCAAAAUGAUUUACAUGUAUUUUUAUUUGUCUUGUUUAUUAUUGUUAGAAUUUUGUUUGUUUUUUAAUUUUCUUAAAUAAAAUGGAUAACGUUG